GACAGUGUAAGCCUUAAAAUAUUCUUCUCUCAUCCUGCGUAUAAUGUUUAGACAAAGAAAUAUAUAUUUUUUAUUCCUCUUUUAGAAAUUACAUUGAGAUAUAUCUUGAAUUUGACAUCCCCUAAAGACAUUUCUUUAAGGAAAAGAGUGACGCUUUUUAAAAAGAGAUGUGGUGUAAUGUGCUGCAAAUUAUCAGUGAUCUCUGGUGAAGAAAAGGAUUGUACUCCACUUUUGAAGGCUAGAUUGAAGAUAAACUUCAAAGCGUCUACCAUGGUCAUCGUUUUAAGGGUUUGAUAUGGUUUGAUGACAAAAUGACCUGGUUUAUAUCCUGCAUCUUCACAUUGCUCCAAAUAUCUGUGAUUCCAUCUAAAGGUAGAGUAUAGCAAUGCUCUCUCCCCCAAAUAAUUUGAGUGUGGGAUUACUGGAUUUUAAGGCUACAGUUGAAUGGCUUCCUGGACAAGGGAACCCUCCAGGCACCAGAUAUACUUUGGAGUUUAUACUUGUACAAAACAUGGCUGGAAGAAAGUGGAAUCAGUCUGCAAACUGCACUAACACAGCCAUGUUGAAGUGCGAGUUGACCUUUGACCGGCAACCUGACGACCUCUUUGGGAAUUACUUUGUGAGGGUCAAGACCACAUUUAAAGGAACAAGCUCCAACUGGACAACUAUAUCGAAGUCUUUCCAGCCAUAUGGAGACUCUCGUCUGAGUUCCCCAGAUGUAAAUGUCUCAACUGACCAACAGUCCAUUAACAUUACCUUCAAUCACUGGCUGAAAUUAAAACCAGAUAUCAUACUCCACCUGAAAUUCUACUUAUUCCUGUUUGAGAACAAUUCUAUCGGGGAAUCAAAGUUUGUAGCAAUGACAUCAACCUCAAAUUCCUUCUACACUUUUCCUGAUGUGCCUUCUGGCAAGAGCUACUGUGUUAAUGUUUCUGCCAGUCAUCACCAGGCCUCACGUAACGAGAACUUCAACACCACCAAAUGUAUCUUCUUGUCAGAUUCUCCUGGAAGCUCUUCAACCAUAAAGGUGUACGUUGUGGCAAUGCUGCUGAUUACGUUUUUAACUGGAAUUGUUUUGACAUUCAUUUGUCUUAACCACAUGAGGCCUAAAAUGAAGAAUCUCCGCAUUCCAAAAUCUCUGUUCGUCAUUGCAGGAACUAAAAGAGUCCUAAAUCUGACCCCUGUGGAACUCCAAACAAUUACACUGACAUUGCAGAAGGUUCUUAUGAACACAGAGGACUAUGUUUCUGCAUUUGAGGAGGACAGCUCUCUUUUUUAUCACCAGAGAGAAUGCAUUACUAAUGUUAUAAUUUACCCACUGUCCACUGUCAAUCAAGAACCUUCUAUCUACCUACCCAAUCCAGAUGAGAAGGCCGAGAAUUUACAUCAGCAUUUCUUAAAGUACAGCCUAGCUACUGAUAUGGAAAAGAGUGAGGAAAACAUAAUAUCUGAUAAAUACGAUGACAAUAUUUCUUCAGCUUCAAACCUUUUGAGAUUUACCUUGCCUGACUUCCCACAAACGAUUACUGUGAACAAGCUUCCGAAGUCAGAAAUGGAUAGAGAUCAUGUAGAGGACAUGAUGAUGGAGAAUGAGACUUGUCCUCAGUCAUCAGGCUAUCUCUGUGGAUUAAAGUUUCUUGUGGAGGAUGAGGAGGAUGAGGAGGAUGAGGAGGAUGUGGAGGAUGUGGAGGACGACUUCCUGUUGCCCAAUUCUUUCUCAGACAGUGGAUAUGAACCAAGGCAAGAUCUACAUAUUUAAAAAAAACUGGAGACAUUUAGUGACCUUUAGAUAAGAAGGCAGACAGUGGUCUGAAAUUUAUGGCUCAUCAUAUUCCAUAUAUCUAAACUGAAUGUUAAAAGACCCUUGAGGGGGAUCAAAGUAUCCUGAACCAGUACUUCCGAAGGUGGAGCUUGCAACCCACUACAAACAAAACUGAAACAUGUGUCUUACACCUGAGCAACCAAAGUGCAAAUUUGAAAUUUGGUGACAAAGAGGUUCAGUCUGUAAAUCAUUCAUAAUAUCUGGGCAUCUCACUGGAUUGGACGCUGACAUACUGUACAAACAAGAUGUGGAGAAGAGCACCGAGAAAGUAAAUUCUAACAUCAACUUGGUGAGGAAACUUGCCGAAACCAGAAGGGGAGCUAACGAACAGACUACACACACUGCAACAUUGACACUUGCCUGCUCAAACAGCACAUAUACAAAAGUAGAUGUCAACUGAAGGAGCAUUCAGGUAAACUGAGCUACCUUGGCUCCCAGUGCUUGCCAACUUUGUUCCACUUAACAUCAGCCAUGCACGUUUUCACUAUCGGGCCAGUGCGAGCCAGGGCUAUCAACUGCUCAGCCAGUGCUAAUAGCCUCGGGCCUCGAGCAGCAAGACCAAAAUCGAUCUGCAUUCCCACCAUCGGGCCAAUAGCCCCGCAGAGUUGCCUUAAUACGCCACCCUGGUGCCAAUGUCACACACACCACCCAUUUUACAAGCAAGAGGGAAGCUCAAGGUGAAGUAUCAGACUCUGGAGACUAACUAGCCCUUAAAAUGAACAUGGUGGAGACUGAAGCUGCCGUUUGUUGCCUUAUUUUGGUCUUUGCUUGGUGGGAAGCGAGACCUGACUCCGCCUUUGACACUGACCCUGCCUCAAUCCCCAGUUGGCCUUCUUUGGCCCAAAGGUAAUCGCAGGCCAAAGGCACUUUGCCGUUGCCCCCGAGGAGGCACGAUGAAGCCCUGGAAACACGGCUAUUGCUUGAGACAUAAAGUUGCAGCCAUACAUUAUCUUGAGAGCUGUCGAUGACACAAGAACUCUUGACCUUCCAGAUACUGGCAAAAUUGGACCUUCUUCCAACACCUGUUUGGACACUCAGCCCAGCCAGUGGUCUGGCAGAGAGGUGUAGAGAAGUUUUUUUUUUAUCUCAACCUUGCUGGUUAAUUGCCACCUUGUCACUGACUCAGCAUACAGAUUGCUCGGUUUCGAGCUGAAGCUCCGUGAGUGGGUCAUGUUGAACAGGCCUACCUCAUUCAUAAGUUGACAGUUGCAGAUUCUGCAGCAGGUGACUGUGCUUGUAAGACAAUUGACCAUCUGUAAAUGAAUCCUCGUCCAUAUACUUUGAUGGCGAUCUUCAGGUGUUACAUGAAGCAACUCCUGAUACAGUGCAAUAUCUGAUUGAUCUGGACACUUGAAAAUGUCUUAAUGUCAUUAAGUUAGAUACAACACAUCAAAUCAAGUAGCAUCAGCAAAAAUAAAUAUGAUCUCAGAACUAACUUCAAUUUUUUGUGCUAUUUUUGUAAUUACUUGUAACCAUAUGGUGUUAAAAUUAUUUUUUUGUGGAUAUAUGAAGUAAUUUCCUCUCAAGUUCACACAAGUGUCCUUGCAGAGUGAACAUAUUUGCACGGGUAGUUCAUCACAUUAACUAUGAACAUGGUCCUCUAAAUUUUGUCAACCAGAAAGUUUCCAAAUACUUUUUUGUCUUCAUUUUUAGCUGUACAUCUAUGGCUUUUAUAAUUUCAAACCUAACAAACUAGAGGUAGACCGAUAUAUCUGUUUUACCAAUUAAUCUGCCGAUAGUUGCUUUUUGAAAUUAUCGGGUUAUCGGCAAAAAUCUAUGCAGAUAGUUGCAGAUUUUAAUUUUUUUAUUCCUCCAUGUUCCUCUGUGGCCAGCACUGGGAGAAUCUACUGUUAAAAUUUCUUGAUUCUACAGUAUAACAGCGGCCUGUAGCGAUGAAAUUAAAACAAUCACUAACACCUUUUUAAAUUUAAGUCUUUCAUCAUUGACAAUAUUCAUCCAUAUUUUUAUCCUCACUUCAAUGCAUAUUUUGAUUAGAUAAUCAAGUGUUCUAAAUUGAAGCAAGGAUAUGCAAAGAAAAAUGCUACAAUAUGGGAACGUACCCCUGUCAGCACAUACAUCAGGUCUCCAAUUUCAUAUCUUGUGAAUAAUAAUAAAUUUAUUCCUCAUUAAACCUCAUCUGGUGAAAUAUAAAUGUGUAUACAUAUACACAUUACUAUUUU